CAUCAUGUCUUCUUCUAACGUUUUCCUUAAAACUGAAUUUCCUGAAAUUAUCAUUCCCAGAGAUGUAGUCAAAAACAUUACAAAUAAUCUCCGGGAUUGUCGCCAAUCCACAGAUGAACAGGUGGUUCGGGCCAACCUUGCGUUGAUUAAACGAAACCAUAGCGAUGUAGAUGGCCUGUGCUACGACGAAAUUUACGCUGAUGUGGUUGCUGGUCUGCGAUAUGAAACUGAAUACUACCAAAACAUGACAAACGAGCUUCUGGAACGUGUUGACAUGUUCCUCAAUGCCGAAGCUCUGGACGAGAAUUUGGCAACACGAGUGGUGGAGUAUUAUGUCAGUGACAUUUGGGCAGUACUCAAAACGUCCAAAAACUAUAUGGAGGUUGAUCGUGUAGUUUUGCAUGAUUUUGAAAACACGUCCAGCAUCUUCAACAAGGCUACCAUAAACAGUGCAAAUCAACCAAGAGUGACCCUCCGCCGUUCGACCGUGGACACAUGUCGUAAUUACUUUCGUUUCGUGUUCCCGGUUCCCACAUUACGUAUUGUUGACGGUGCCGAUACGUAUGUGGAUGGGGUUGCUUUUGGAACCAUACGUAAUGUCCUCAUUCGACAUGCCUACAUUUAUUUUAUGGCAAACAUGUUUAUGGCCUAUCAACGUGAAUUUAUCGAAUUUGCACUCAAGAAUGAAGUAUUAAAGUUUGGAUCUUUCCACCUCAAAUCUGGUCGUACUUCACCUUAUUUCAUCAAUGCUGGUUUGUUCAACAGUGGUAAGACUUUGGGUGCUAUCGGUACUUUUUAUGCUGCUGCUCUUCAAGAUGCUGGCUUUGAGUACGAUGUUCUCUUUGGUCCCGCCUAUAAGGGUGUCCCUCUUGUCUGUGCCACGGCUUUGUCUCUCGCCAACGAUUACGACAAGGAUGCACCUUUUGCCUUUAACCGUAAGGAAAAGAAGGAUCACGGUGAAGGUGGUAGUAUUGUCGGUACUCCCUUGAAUGGAAAAAUUGUGAUUAUCGAUGAUGUGAUUACAGCUGGUACUGCCAUCAAUGAAUCUAUCGAGAUUAUCAAGGACAAUCAUGCUCAACUUUCAGGUGUCCUCGUUGCCGUUGAUCGUGCAGAGAUUGCUCCCGAUGGUUCUGGCAAGAGUGCCAUUCAAGCUAUUGAAGAAAAGCACAAGAUUGAGAUUCGUGCCAUCAUUUCAAUGGAUCAUAUCAUGGAAUUUAUGGAGGAAAAGGGUACUUAUGAAAAUGAACUCAAGUUGAUGAAGGAGUAUAAGGCUCAAUAUGGUAUCAAGAAGGCUUAA